UUGUGGGACAUAAACCUUCGCAGUUAGAAAACAACGUUAAAACCCUAACCCACACACUGACUACUGAGUCCUGAGUUCGUCGCUUGGGUCAGAACUCGCCAAUCUUCAACUGAGUAAGAAGAUGGCGGGUCCGUUGAUUCGAUCUCUCUGGUCAUCCGCCCGCAAAUCAAUCUCCGCCUCCGCUCGCUCUUCUCCAUCGGCCGCUGUCAAACCUUACAUCCUCCAAUCCCCGCCCGGCGCCUCUUUGUCACGGACCUUCUCGGCCGCUCCGGCUACAAGCGCCGCAUCCCCCUUGCCAACCAGCUGGCUAGACCCGACUCGAAUCCGCAAUGUGGCGGUGAUUGCUCACGUCGACCACGGGAAGACCACGCUCAUGGACAGGCUGCUCCGCCAGUGUGGUGCCGAUAUCCCUCACGAGCGAGCUAUGGACUCCAUCAGUCUCGAGCGUGAACGUGGCAUCACUAUCUCUUCUAAGGUUACAUCCAUUCCAUGGAAGGAACAUGAGCUGAACAUGGUCGAUACACCUGGACAUGCCGAUUUUGGUGGCGAAGUUGAGCGAGUUGUGGGUAUGGUUGAAGGUGCAGUUUUAGUAGUUGAUGCUGGUGAGGGUCCACUUGCACAGACAAAAUUUGUACUUGCAAAAGCUUUGAAGUAUGGCCUGCGCCCUAUUCUUCUCCUUAACAAAGUAGACCGGCCUGCAGUUUCUGAGGAGACAUGCAAUGAGGUGGAGAGCUUGGUAUUUGAUCUUUUUGCCAAUCUUGGUGCUACAGAGGAGCAGCUAGACUUUCCCGUUCUAUAUGCCUCUGCUAAAGAAGGAUGGGCUUCCACCACCUUCACCAAAGACCCUCUUCCUGAUGCGAGAAAUAUGUCUCAGCUGCUUGAUGCCAUCAUAAAGCAUGUUUGUCCACCUACUGCAGAUACUGAUGCGCCUUUCCAAAUGAUGGUCUCUAUGAUGGAAAAGGACUUUUAUCUUGGACGGAUAUUAACUGGACGAGUUUCUUCUGGAAUUAUCCGUGUUGGUGAUAGGGUCCAUGGACUUUGCAACAAAGAUUCUGGGGUUCAAAAAAUUGAAGAAGGAAAGGUUACAAAAUUGAUGAAGAAAAAAGGUACUAGUAUGGUUCUAAUUGAAAGUGCUGGAGCUGGCGACAUAAUAUCAAUGACUGGGUUAGCAAGUCCAUCUAUAGGCCACACAGUUGCAAAUGUAGAGGUCACAACUGCUUUGCCAACCAUUGAAUUGGACCCCCCAACUAUUUCCAUGACCUUUGGUGUCAAUGACUCACCAUUGGCUGGUCGUGAUGGUUCACAUUUGACUGGAGGAAAAAUUGGUGAGCGGUUAAUGGCUGAAGCAGAAACAAAUCUUGCCAUUAAUGUUAUUCCAGGGUUAUCAGAGUCUUUUGAAGUGCAGGGUAGGGGAGAACUUCAACUAGGUAUCUUAAUUGAGAAUAUGCGGCGGGAAGGUUUUGAACUGUCUGUCUCCCCACCCAAAGUCAUGUACAAAACUGAAAAGGGUCAAAAGCUGGAGCCAAUUGAAGAAGUUACUAUUGAGAUAAAUGAGGAACAUGUUGGAUUAAUUAUGGAAGCCUUAUCUCAUAGACGAGCUGAGGUUACUGACAUGGGCCCUGUUCCUGGCAAUGAUGGCAGGACUAGAUUGACUUUGACAUGUCCAUCAAGGGGCCUAGUGGGUUAUAGGAGUGUGUUUAGCAGUGACACCCGUGGAACUGGAUUUAUGCAUCGUGCAUUCUUAAAUUAUGAAAAAUAUAGAGGUCCCCUUGGAAAUGUCAGGAAAGGAGUUCUGGUAUCAAUGGGCUUUGGCACAACCACAGCUCAUGCACUGAUGAAUUUAGAAGCUCGCGGAACACUUUUCGUGACCCAUGGAUUGGAGACAUACGAUGGCAUGAUUAUCGGUGAACAUUCUAGGGAUACAGAUCUAGAUGUCAACCCAGUAAGGGCCAAGGAACUUAAUAAUAUACGUGCAGCUUCCAAGGAUGAGAAUGUGAAACUGUCGCCGCCUCGCCUAAUAACUCUUGAAGAAGCCAUAGGAUAUGUUGCUUCUGAUGAACUUAUUGAGGUUACACCUAAGGCCAUCCGUUUGAGGAAGAAGUACCUUGAUGUUAACAAGCGUAAAACCAUGAGUAAAAGGCCAAAGGAAUGAAAAGCUUUUCCAUGAAGUGCUCUAUUUUUCGCUAGAUUACACCUAUGUACCAAUAUAGGGCUUCUAUACUUAGUUCAUUAUUUAGUUACACCUCAAUUUUGGAGAUACUUAGAAGAGUUGACAUUCUUUCACACAUCUAUAUGAUGAGAAACAAUAAAAGCAGUAAACUAUGUAUUUUCUUAUUGUAUUAAACAUGAGAUGUGCUCAUACAUGUCUUUUGUAUUUUAUAGUAAUAAAAAUGUAUAAAAAUUAUCAACCA